AUGUACAAUGGCGCAUGCUCCAUGAUAUUGACACCCUACUCAAUUUUCAUUUCGUUUAUUUAUGUCACUUGUUUGAUUCUUUCACUUAUUGGAAACGCUAUUGUAAUUUUGACGAUACUUGGAAAAAGACACCGAUCACGUUCAAUUACCAAUUUUUACCUUCUCAAUUUGGCGUUUGCUGACCUUCUAAGAAGUAUUAUCUGCAUACCCAGCACUCUGCUAAGUGAACUGACACAAUGCUGGAUACUAAGCUCAUUAAUGUGCAAAAUAGUUGCUUUCCUGCAACCCGUCGGCGUUUGUGCUUCAGCUUAUACUUUGGCCGUCAUUGCAGUAGAGCGAUAUUACGCGAUCUGUCGACCUUUGGAAUCAAGAAAAUGGCAAACCAAAAAACGAGCCCUUGUAACUAUUUCAGUUGUGUGGCUAUUCUCAUUUUCCGCAAAUAUUGCAAGUCUUUUUUCCUAUGAAAAAAUGUCUUUGGGAACAAAAUUUACUUGUGAUUCUUCUCGAGGUCCAACAUUUGACUUCGUUUAUCAACUUUACAUUACCUUUGCUCUUCUUUUUGUUCCAUUGGCUUUAAUGAUUAGUCUAUAUGGAAACGUGAUAUUUACUUUAAACACGGCUAUAAAUAAUGAUAAUCCAACAUUGGAACAACAUCUUAUUGAAAAAACCCUACCAUCAAGAGCCUCAUUUUCAGAUUGGUUUUCCACUACAAUCAAUAGGGUCCCAAGUAUGAAAUUAAUGUCAAAAUCGGUAAACUUUUCUCGCCUCACAGUGAAGGAAAAAAAUUCGCUUUCGAUUCCACGUGCAGUAUCAGCUCGAGCGAGCCGUCGACAGUCCUCAUUCUCUUCAUUCCUAAAUUUUUCACCCCGAAAUUCAUUUGACUCAUCAAUGCUUUUGCGAAGCACAAAUCAAGAGAAAAUUUUAAUUGCAAAGAAAAAAGUUACUCGGAUGCUAAUAACAUUAGUUAUUGUGUUCGCAUUAUGUUGGGUGCCAUCGUAUAUGUACUGGCUAAUAAUUCGAAUGGCUGAUUUAAUGGGAAAUAAUCUUUGGAGUUCAAGCAUCAAUGCAUCUUUAACAGUUUUGACAUAUGUUUCUUCAAUGGCAAACCCGAUUACCUACUGUUUUAUGAACAAGUCUUUUCGCGCGUCGGUAUUGGCAUUUUUUAGAAAAAAUCAAAACCAUGCGACUCGUUGCUCAGCAAUGCCUAUAAGACGAAGUCCGUCACCAAAAGAAUCUCCACCGAAUAUACCUGCCAUUAAAAUUGAUCUCGUUUUGGAAAACAGCGUACAAAUAUGA